GUGUCCCUGCUGUACGCUCUCCCCUUUUGGUGCCGAGAGUUCGCGCGGUGAGGUUGUGUGAGUGUGCUGCCGGGUCUUCUCUGUGCCGUGGCAAGCUGAGUGGGUAAGGGAUCGCUGGAAGGCCGGCGUGCGGUGAGCGACGGAUCGAGUGGAGAGUUGCUGACACAGCUCGGCCAACUUUGGCAAAGUUGGAGCUAGCUGGGGCUUCAUCGCAGCGGCACGUAUUGUUGUUUGGUGUGACCAGACGGUGGCUUUUGUCUAGGACAAACUAUAGAGAUUGGUUCUCACUGACCAGGUGAUGGUGAAUGUCAUAAGAACAGUUUAGGGCAAACUCAGGAAGCUUAGCAAAGGAUCAAGACCGGCAAUCAGCUGUAAAUCUUGCUAAAAGCGCGGGCAGGUUUUUUUUUUCAAAUUUAAAUUCCUUCAACCAAGCAGCCGGCCAAAAGUUUCUAGCUCAGUCCAAUUUCAUAUCAUAGUGUGUUUGCAUCGACGGACAUCUUAUUCAGUAUCAUCAGGACGGAGAUCAAUGAAAAUGAUGGAAGCUCAUCACUUUGUGUGGUUACUACUACCCGCUCUCUGUGCAGCUUCCACGGCGUCUGAGAGUGGAGUCAUUGUUGGCCCCCCAGCACCACAGACAAUGGAUGCUGGCCCAGAUGCCAUGGAAACCAUCAUAGAACAGAACGAGCCACUCUUUGAAGAUAUGGCCGAGGGAACGAAGAGUCAUUUUAUCGUAGACAGUGAUAUCUACGACCCUACAGCCAAUCAAACAAGGAAACGUCGGAACGCCAUAACGGACAGGAGGAGACUAUGGCCAGGAGGCAUCGUACCAUACAUGAUUGACGGCUACUUCACAAAUGAUCAAAGAUUGUACAUCCUCUCAGCCAUGCAACGAUUUCACGAGAAAACCUGUAUUCAAUUCCGUCCCAGGACAAUUGAACGAGAUUACAUUGUGAUCACAGAGGGUGAAGGGUGCUGGUCGAUGAUUGGCCGGCGAGGUGGACGCCAGACGGUUUCGAUUGGCGGUACCUGCAAGAACAGCCGAGGGACGAUCAUCCAUGAGUUGAUGCACGCCUUGGGUUUCAGACAUGAGCACAAUCGGCCUGACAGGGACAACUACGUGGUCAUGUACUGGCAGAACAUCGACAAAAAGAUGUGGGACAAUUUCGCCAAGUAUUCGCGCCGUGACGUCACGCUGCUAGAUACGGGCUACGACUACCUGUCCCUUAUGCACUACCCGACUUACGCCUUCAGCAAGAACGGAGGCCAGACUAUCGGCACUAUAUACCCUACCUACGAGGAGCCGGGAACAAGGAACGAUUUCAGCUACGUCGAUGUCUACCGCAUUACAGCCUUGUACAGAUGCGGGGCGUGCUAUGAUACAGACAAGGAUAACUGUCCUACGUGGGCCAUCAUGGACGAGUGUCGACGUAGCAGUGUAUGGAUGCAAAAGUACUGUCCCUUCAGCUGUGAGAGUUGCAACAAGGCCGACUACGCAGGAGGAGAUUGCAGAGACUAUUCCAAUAGCUGCGAGAAGUGGUCCUCACAGGACGAAUGCGACCGCAAUCCGGAUUUCAUGGGCUACAACUGCAAGCUGAGCUGCGGAUACUGCAAGGCGCCCAACGAUAUCCAUUCCAGAAGAGAAUGUUACGACGACAGUACGCUAUGCACCGAGUGGGCCCAGAUGGGUGAAUGUUACAAUAAUCCAGAGUACAUGAAAAAGACAUGUAGGAAGAGUUGCGCGGUUUGCAUCGAAACAGAUAGGGAUCAUAACGUCGGCGACGGAGAUUGCCGAGACCUGCACCCUCUCUGUCACAUCUGGGCGAGGCAUGGAGUCUGCCAAAGCUACGAGGAGUGGAUGCUGGUGAAUUGCGCCCUCAGCUGUUGGAGAUGCGCAAACAAGACUGGGGUCACAGUUGAAAUAUGGGGCGACACAACGGCAGAUGGUUCUGGUACCCCGAAGCCGCCUCCCCGCCGCCGCCAGAUAUGCCAGAACAAGCACAAGCGCUGUGACCAAUGGGCCGAAAACGGUCGCUGUACCAGGGAGCCCGACUUUAUGUACAAGCGAUGCCUGAAGAGCUGCGGCAUGUGUAUCGAUGAACGCGUCACAGGGGUCAAAGCCCCUACGACCAAACGGCGCCAGUGCACGGACCGAUUCACCACCUGUAAACUCUGGGCAGGGAACGGGGAGUGCGGGAUCGCCAACGAGUGGAUGCAGAAGAAUUGCCAGAAGAGUUGCGACGCCUGCCCGGAGGAAGCUGAGCUUCACCCAGACUGCAGUGACUCGUACCUAAGGUGUUCCGCCUGGGCCGCCAAGGGAGAUUGUCAAAACAAUCCUGGAUGGAUGAACGUUUACUGUCGUAAAAGCUGCCAGCGAUGUCAUGAACCGAAAGUCGUGCCAGGGUGCAUGGAUCAACAGAGACACUGCAAGAGGCUAGCUGACGGCGGAGGAUGCCAAGGGGAGAACUCUCGAUGGAUGAGGUCCAACUGUCCGCUCAGCUGCGGCUUUUGCGGAGUUUACGAUCGGGCCCCUCUACCGCCUCCACCCACCGUGAACGCAUCAGCGUCGCCAGCACAUUAUAAUACCACGGGAGGUGAAUGCCGGGACUUCCACCCCCACUGCCAAAGGUGGUUUGAAAAUGGCAACUGCCACGUCAAUGUACGCUACAUGAAAAACCAUUGCAGGAAAAGCUGCGGAUAUUGUCCCACUUGCUUUGAUAAAGACGCGAGUUGCCGGACAUGGGCCAAGAGAGGCGAUUGCUUAUUCAACCCCAAGGGCCUGGCCAAGGCGUGUGCCAUGAGCUGCGGUAAUUGUGGAGAUGGUCCUGCAGAGUGUUCAGAUAUCCACAAGCAGUGUGCCAAGUGGGCAAAGCGGGGCUACUGUGAAGAAAACCCGACCUUCAUGCACAAAUUCUGCAAGGUCAGCUGUAAUACAUGUGACCCCAACGAUCAGACCGCCAGCCAAGAACCAGCCACUGAGGAGGUCGAGGGGGUUGGUCGGCCCCAAAAGAAACCCAAGAAGAAAGCCAGCACCAAGAACAAAAGACGACCGACAACGAGCGCCACGAAUCGACCGAGGAAAAUCGCCACACGACAUCGCAAAAAGAACAAGAAACAACGGAAGACCAACGCUCAGGGAAGAGUUGCAGACGUGCCUAACUUGUAAAAAUAAAAUUCAAAACCAUAGAAUCUUUAUCAUGUUUUGCUAAGUAGGGCUUUUAUUAGUUUUUGGUAUAUUCUUUUUUUUUUUAAACUCAAGUAAUUAUAACCUUCGUUUUAUAUUUGCUACUAUGCAAGUUGUCUUGUUUGGUUGGAGUCCGUGUUUGUCCAUCUGUGUUUAAGGUCUGUCGUGGGAUGGUUUUAAGAUGAUUUCUUUUUUCUUUUUCUUUUAUCACAAACAGCUGCGCUCCCGAUUCCACUUUUUACAAAGUUGAAUAUGUAAUUAUUUUAAGAAUACUGGUAUAGCAAGAACUUUUCUCUUCAGAUUUUUUUGUGUGUGUUAUUGAUGCGCGUACUUUAAACUGUUUGCGAACAUAAUUGCGAAGUCUGUUGGUUGGAGGUUAUUUGAUGGUGUAAUGUGAAAUUUGGACUCUUUGAAAUUCGGGCCCUUUUGUUGUAUUGCGCAUGUCUAAGUGAACAGAUUUGGAGACUAGUCACGUGUGAUGGUUGUAUUCCAUGUAAGGUAAAUGAAACCGGAUUUCAUACGAGUUCAAAUUUCAUAUGACAACGGCAGCUUUAUUGCCUGCAUAGUACGAACAACUGAAAAGGGACUUUGUCUAUUAAGGCGCAUACGGGAAAAUAUUACUGAGAUUUUCCCAUAGUUUAUCCACUAAUGUAAUUUACAUUUUUCUAUCCCUGCAAAGGGAAUGAGGUAUGUUCAUAGUGUGACGUCAGUAAUGUUGGUGUUGUUAACGUGGAUUGAAGCAUUAAAGUAAGCUUAAUGUAUAGACAUCGGGGCUGUUCUGAACGUCUUAAAACAAUAAAUGUUGAAUAUCGUUUGUAAACGUUAGAUAGGAACAAUUUAAAGAUGUGUGAAUUAAAUAGUUUUAAAAAAGUGGUUUUUUUACUAAAAUUUAAUACGUUUCUAUACCUCAAACCUUCCUUACAAAUUAACAGGAACAUUCUUUUGUAAACUACCACGAGGUAGGACGAGGUAUAGAAAGAUUUGAAAGUGUGAAUAAACUAUAAAAAAUUAACAAGGACUCGGUACGCAAGUAUGGUGUAAGUGGUCAUAAUCUUCGACAGCAUAAUGUUAUUAAAACAAGAGGAAAACUUCUCCCUUUUUUUAAAACCUAAUAAGAGUUACCCGAUAACUAUUUCUUAUAACUUAAUCAAGUUAAACAGAACAGCAAUUCCUUGUACUUGUACAAUUUAUGAGCGGUGGAAGGCAAAUAGGUGUACAAACAUCUAUGUUGCGAUUUCAUCUGUUUCAUUUUUCAUGGUGCUAUACAAUGUCCCUAUGGUGCUAUAUAAUAUGAAAUAUAAUCAGGUAAAAUAUGCAUGUUUAAAGGUUUAUUGUAGCUGAGUAUGAGGUAUGCCGUGUACGGAAAAUAAAAUCCAAGCGAGUACAAGAAAACUAGGACGAUGCUUUUAUAAAGCAUUGCGAAAUCACGAUGUUUGGGAAAAUAAAGUUGUAUCUGUAAUAACUACCA